AUGGCAUCGAAGCUUGAGGAAAUAAGGAACUCGUUCAUGGACUCAGUGAAGAGCCUCUUCGAGAAGGUGUUUGGGAAGUUUGUGUCGAAUCUGUUUGGGAAGCCAGCAAACAUCCUCUUUCUGGGAAUAGACAAUUCGGGAAAGACGACACUUGUGAGCAAGUUGAAGAACAACACAAAUCACGUCUAUCUUCCAACUAAGCACAUGGUGAAGCAAAAGGUGGAGAUUGGGAACCUGACUGCGUCGAUAUUCGACAUAGGCGGCCACGCAGCAGUCAGAAUAGCCUGGAAAGACUACUUCUACAACGUAGAUGGAAUUGUAUUCAUCGUGGACGUGGCAGACGAUGAGCGCUUUGACGAGGUGAGAGAGGCCUUUGAGACGGUGACGUCAUUGGAGCAGAAGGCGCCCAUUCUGGUUCUGAUGAACAAAAUCGACAUGAUUGGGGAAGACGUCCACACUAUCACAGGCAAAUACGACUACAUGCAGCAAUAUGAAUACGCCUGUGGAAUAGAUCGAAGCAGACCAAAUGUGCACAUUUUGUACCUGUCUAUUUUGACUGAGAACACGUACGACGAGACCAGCGUCCUACGAGGCGGAUUCACGUGGCUGAGUCAGAGAAUAUCUGAGGAGAAAGAGAAGCACAAAUGA